AUGAGUCUGCAGCCGCCUUCGCUUGCCGUGAGGUCCAAGUCUCCAUCGGGGGGCUCGACCAAGGCAGUUAUUUUGCCGCUCUUCCCAAUCGCCGGCCACCCCAUAAUCGAACAUUGCUUCCGCGCAAUCACAAACGUUCCCGAGAUUAAGGAGGUCUUCAUCGUCGGCUACUAUGAAGAGUCUGUCUUCCAGCCCUUCAUCAACGCCGUUUCGACUAGUUGGCCGCAUCUGAGCGUCAAGUACCUCCGAGAGUACCAGGCGCUGGGUACUGCGGGUGGCCUGUACCACUUCCGCGAUGUUAUCCUCAAGGGAAAACCGGAGAAGCUAUUUGUCCUGAACGCAGAUGUGUGCUCCUCAUUCCCGCUCGCCGAGAUGCUCAAGCUGUUCGAGGACAAGGAUGCUGAGGCGGUGAUGCUGGGUACGAGGGUUGCGAACGAGGCCGCGUCCAACUUUGGUUGCAUUGUAUCCGAUGCGCACACCAAGCGCGUGCUCCACUAUGUCGAAAAGCCCGAGUCGCACAUUUCCAACCUCAUCAACUGCGGUGUCUACCUCUUUGCGACUGAGUGCAUCUUCCCCGCUAUCCGCAGCGCUAUCAAGCGACGGACCGAGCGCCCAAGGCUGCUGUCUUACCCCUCCUCCGAGAACCUCGAAUCAUCCUUCUACCAGGCCGACGAUGACGAUGAUAACAAGGAGAACGCCGUCAUUCGCUUGGAGCAGGAUGUACUCUCGGACAUUGCAGACAGCAGACAGUUCUUCGUUCUCGAGACAAAGGACUUUUGGCGCCAGAUCAAGACCGCUGGUUCCGCCGUUCCUGCCAACGCUCUGUACCUUCUGAAGGCAUUCCAAGCAGGAUCGGAAGAGCUCGCUGCCCCCUCAGCCAACAUUCUGCCCCCUGUUUACAUCCACCCCUCCGCCCAGAUCGACCCCACAGCCAAGAUCGGGCCCAACGUUUCCAUCGGACCGCGCGUUGUCAUCGGCGCUGGUGUACGUGUCAAGGAAUCCAUUGUUCUUGAGGACUCUGAGAUCAAGCACGAUGCAUGCGUGUUGUACACCAUCAUCGGCUGGCACAGCAAGGUUGGUGCUUGGGCCCGUAUUGAAGGAACACCAACUCCGGUCACCAGCCACAAUACUAGCGUCAUCAAGAACGGCGUCAAGGUCCAGAGUAUCACCAUCUUAGGCAAGGAGUGUGCGGUUGCCGACGAGGUCCGUGUGCAGAACUGCGUCUGCCUGCCGUACAAGGAGCUCAAGAGGGACGUCUCCAACGAAGUAAUCAUGUAA